UUAUAUUGUAUAUAUAUAAUAUAAAACAGAUGACGACAAUAACACCGCAAUUAUCUUCUACAACAUCAGAAGCAACUUUAGGAAGAGAAGAAACAUUGCCACCAGUACUAACGACAACAUCGACGACCUCCGGGAAAUCUAUAGAUUUUUCUGGAUUCUUAACUAAAGAUUUUAAUGUCAAAUCAUGGAUUAAUGAAGCGUUAUCUGUUGCUGUCUCCAACUCUAAUUCUGUAAUAGAUCACGUAGAUAAUAAGAAACCUCGAGAAUUUGAGUUAUUAGAAUUAGAAAAACAUACUUCAACUCUUAUAGAAAAACUCCAAUUUCUAAAUCAGGAAAUUUCAAAUAGAUUGGAAAGAACCGUUGAAGAUGUUACUAAGUCUAUGCCACGUAUUAUAACUGAUUUACAAGUUAUGCAAGAAGAUGCUACGAAAUUAAAAUCUGGAGUGUCUUUAGUAAAAUCGCAAUUGAAUAAUGUAGAGGAAGGCACAGAAAAAGCUUUGGAUAGAUUAAAAUAUUUAGAUUUAGUUAAGACCAGAAUGGAAGCUUCUAGGGAUGUUUUAAAGGAAGCUGAAAAUUGGAGCAAUUUAGAACAAGAAGCAAGUAAUAUAUUUGCUUCCCAAGAUUAUCAAAAAGCUAGUGCUAGAUUAAUGGAAGCUGAAAAAAGUUUAGUUAUCUUUCAAAAUACACCGGAAUAUGAGGAAAGAAGAAAACUAUUAACGGAAUUACAAAAUCAACUGGAAGCCACAGUUAGUCCACAGCUAGUUAAUGCGUUAAAUCAGCAUGAUAUUAGCGCCUGUCAAAAAUUUUAUCAAAUAUUCAAUCAAAUAGGGAGAAAGAAAGACUUUAGUAAUUAUUAUUAUGGGUCAAGAAAAGCUCCUCUUGUGAAAAUGUGGCAAUAUGCUUUAUUAACUGAUAUUCCUCCUUCGCUUUCCGGAGCUGUAGGAAAUGUUGUUGGAGGUGGUGGAUCGGAUUCGUUUAAUAACGAACCAACAUCUCCAAAAUCUCCAACAACGCAGAUACAUCUUCAACGGCAAUUCCAGCCGCAAUUUCCGAAAAAAUUUACAGAAUUCUUGCAAGAAUUUUAUGACAAAUUGUUUGUUAUACUUAAUCAGGAACAUACUUGGUGCGGUAAUGUAUUUCCCGAUACGAAUGAGACUUUAAUGUCUUUAAUUGAAAAUAUUUUUAAUUCAUUAAAGCCUUCUUUGAGCGUAAGAUUGACAGGUUUAGUUGAGUUCUAUAAAGAAGAAUGUCUUCCAGAAAUUAUUAAUGCUUGGGUUAUUAGUGAGAGUUUUGGGAGACAAAUGGAAAAAGUUUUAUUUAAUCCCAUACAGAUCAGUUCUGGAAUGAGUUCAAGUAUUAAUGGUGCGGGUGGAAAAAGUACAAGUGUGAGCGCAUUGACAAGUGCAUCUGUGAGUGGGAAAUCUCCGUCUAGGGCUAAUUUAAUUACGUGGGGGAAUGUUGUGUUUGAACCAUUUUCUGAAUAUCAGCAUGAUUAUUCAGAAUAUGAAAAAAAUUAUCUCAUCAUUUUACUCAAAAAGACAAUCUCAGAGAAGAAAAAAAAAGCGGGGACAUCAGAUUUAGCAAAAGUCAUGUCUGAGAUUAUCGGUGAAAUAUUUACGAUGUCCGAAUCUGCAUUAGAAAGAUGCAUGAAACUAACUUACGGAUUUGGCGGUAUUGGAUUAAUAGAAGUGUUGAAUUUUUUCUUUAUCUCUUUUAUUAAAGAAUAUCAAAUACUACUUGAACAGUUGAGAUUAGAUUGUGGUUUGGAUGGAAGUCUUGGUGGGAUAGGUAACUUAGCAGGAACAUCAGCUUUGGAUAAGGAAGAAAACGGCUCAGUCAAUGAUUAUUUUGAUUUCGAUCAAGAUAAAUUACAACAAGAAGACUGGUCAAAUUUUCAUAUUGGAUUAAAAUUAUUAGCAACUUGUAGAAUAACUUCGGAACGAUUAAGUGAAGUUGAAGAGAAAGUAAAAAAUAAUUUAAUAAAAGUUAAAGAUUUAUUAAUGCUUGAAUCUCUUGAUGAUGAUUUAGAAUGGUAUGAAAGAAGAUCUUCUGUUACUUCUUCAUUAGAAGGUCAGAAUAAAAAAUCCAAUUCUACAGGAACACAAUCUUCACUUCUUCUUCUUCGUCAAUCUCCAUUAAAUUCUUAUAAUUUGAACGAACUUUUAACAAAUAUUGAGACCAAACAGAUUUUAUCACCUUCUAUUAAAUCUGUAGAAACAUUUAUUCGUUUAUGUCAAAGAUUUGUUUUUGAUACAAUAUUUCUUCCUAUAGCAAAUCAUCUUACAAAUUUACCUAAUAUGGAAGUGUGGAAUAGCGUUGUUGAAAAAGCAAAAAUUUCGCCUUUUAAAAUACAGAUUCCUACAUUUAGUUUACAACCAAAUGAAUAUAUUACGAGGAUUGGUGAACAUUUAUUGACUUUGCCGCAACAAUUCGAAGUUUAUGCCGAUGAUAAGAGUUUAGCAUUUUCAAUCAAGUCUUUACCUUAUAGUGAUGAAAAACCUAUUCAAGAGAAAGAGGUAAAGGAUUUAAAAGAGGAUAAAAAGGAGGGCUUAAUUACUGAAGAUGAUGAGGAAGUGAAAGCGACAUCAUCUAUUACAAUAGCAAAUGAAUCUAAUAUUAUAACAGAAGAAAGCUCUGUUUCACAAUUAGAUGAUGAUGAGAUUUCUACAGAUGAAGUUACACACGCAUGGAUAACUUCUGUAGCACGUGGUACAAUACAUGCAAUAUUAGAAAAGAUUUUUACUAUACCACAGUUAUCAUCACAUGGUACGCGACAAUUAUUGACUGAUUUAGGUUAUUUAGCUAAUGUAUUAUCUACUCUUGAUAUUUCGCCUACUAGAGAAUUGGAAAAAACUGUCAAAGUACUAGAAAUGGACGAAGAUCAAGUUUUUAAGGUGUUGAGGAAUAAAGAUAAAAAUAAUAUUGAAAAUAAUGAGGAAUUUAUUGGCGCAGGAGAUAGGGAAAUUUUGGUUAAGGUAGCUGGUAUUAGAGGAAUUAAGAUGCUGGAUUUAUAAAAUUGUAUAUAUCAUUUAACC